UGAUACAAAUUGCCACAUGUGUGUGGUGGGGCAGUGUAGGUAAAGUUUAGCCUACAGGAGUAGGCCUACCUCAACGUGUGUUUUGUAUGACAUAGCUUUAUUUUUUAGACAGAUGAUUAUUUUACCUCGUGUUUUUUUUCUGAUUCUUGAGGGAAACGUGACUGCCUUCCUUAGGAGAGUCGAAGUGAAGUGAUCAUUUUUCUCCCUCAUGCUUUUCGCCUUGGUGCUGGCUAACAUAAAUGGCUUGGGUGUCUGCCUUCGGCACAAAAACUACAAUUUAAUUUGCCCGUGCGUAUCUCCGUGCGUAUAACCGCCAACUCCUCGGAGAUAUUUAACACAAUCAAGAAUCCUAUAUAAGGCACAGCUCGUGAGCUGGUGGAAGCCGGUGAAGGGGGUUAUUUUUGAGCGGUCCGCAGCGCGUGCGAAGUGUAAUCCCAAGGUCUGGAUGUGCCCUGCGCGCACUAUGUUGUCUUCUGUUUCUUGAUGGCAUUACCCGAGUAUGGCUGUCUAGCAUGGCCGUGUCUCCGGCGGCACCGGCGACCCGUGGACCGCUAUGGCAUUUAGUCCCGUUUUUGCGGACCCUCUGUCCAGGAGCAUCUUCAAGAAAUUCGCCGUCAUGUUGUGCUCGCUGCUCACCUCGCUGUACUUUCUGCACAGCCUUACCGACCGCUGCAGCAGCACCAUGCCCUCCCCGGUUCGGGCUACCGCCACGGAACAAGUCGCCGGGCUCUACGCUACGGAUCUGCAGGACCUGCGCUCCGUGAGGAGGAAGAGACUGCUACAGAAAUGGGCGAAUAAGCCUGGUGUGGUGCACUACCAGGCGGGGGACCCUGACAGACCAUUUUCCCCGUACGAAGGAGCUAUGUUUGCGGGCAGUGAGAGUGGGGGCGCCCGCCAGGAGGAUCAGAGAGGAGGAGGAGGAGGAGAAGACAUUAGCGAGCUCAGGGUUGGGGAGAUAGCCUCCCUUCUUCCCGCUGGUUCUGUCUCGAACUUGGAUAUUUUAACACAGCGGGAGCCGCAUGUGGUGGUGGUGGAGGAGGACAGGACGGACGGUCCAGGUAAACUUAGCCCGCUGGGCGAGGGCACCAAGAAGCUGCCUCAAGCCAUAAUCAUCGGGGUGAAGAAAGGCGGGACGCGCGCGCUGUUGGAGUUCCUUCGCGUGCACCCCGACAUCAGGGCCGUGGGAGCGGAGCCGCACUUCUUCGAUAGGAACUAUGACAACGGACUGGACUGGUACAGGGACCUGAUGCCCAAGACCCUUGAUGGCCAGAUCACCAUGGAGAAGACCCCCAGUUACUUUGUGACGCGCGAGGCGCCGGCCCGCGUCAGCGCCAUGUCUCGCCACACCAAGCUGAUCGUGGUGGUGCGCGACCCGGUGACGCGGGCCAUCUCGGACUACACGCAGACGCUGUCCAAGAAGCCCGACAUCCCCUCCUUCGAGAGCCUGACCUUCAAGAACCGCAGCACGGGCCUGAUCGACACGUCCUGGAGCGCCAUCCAGAUCGGCAUCUACGCCAAGCACCUGGACAACUGGCUGCAGCACUUCCCCAUGGGCCAGAUCCUGUUUGUGAGCGGCGAGCGGCUCAUCAGCGACCCGGCCGGAGAGCUGGGCCGCGUGCAGGACUUCCUGGGCCUCAAGCGCAUCAUCACGGACAAACACUUCUACUUCAACCAGACCAAGGGCUUCCCCUGCCUCAAGAAGGCCGAGGGCAGCAGCAAGCCACACUGCCUGGGCAAGACCAAAGGCCGCACGCACCCCGACAUCCACCCCGAGGUGGUGCAGAGGCUGCGGGACUUCUACCGGCCCUUCAACAUGAAGUUCUACCAGAUGACGGGACGCAUAUUCGGGUGGGACGAUUGACCAAUCAGCGAUCACUGAUCAACGAUCUGUUAUCAAUAACUUCUUGAGAAUUGAAACACGCAUCGAUCAUCAAGGAACUGGUCGGCGAUCACGACGAUCACCUUUUGAUCGUUGUUCGAUCGAGAACUGGUUAGACCAUCAGACAUUCAUUGAUCGGUGGACGGAGUGGUAAUUAACCGAUCAUGUUGUCUCGUUCUGAGACUGCGGCAUCCACUUCAGAGGGUAACUGAACAAAAAAGAAAAUGAAAAGAAAAACAAACAAAUGGACGUUGAAGAGACUGUUUGCACUGUUGUCAGUAUCA